AUGUAAGAAACCAGGAAUAACAAUGAAUUAUAAAGAUGAAAUGUAAUGAAAUUCUACAAAUUUACCUUCUUUAUGGACUGAUAUAUUCUGUUGUACCCAUGGAUAUCAGUUAUUAUGUCAAGGAAGAAGACAGUCCUCACACCUACAUAGGAGACAUUGCUGCUGACUCCAACUUAUCACACCCUCUCACACAUCAACAACACACUCUCAUUACAUUUACACAACUACAAAGGACAGUCGAGAGUGGUUCUCAUUUAUUUAAUGUCACCAACUCAGGAAAACUAUACACUACUCAAACACUGGAUGCUGAGUCUCUGUGUACAUACAACAAGGAAUGUUCCAGAAUUGUUAAAGUAGCAGUGAGGAAAGGAAAAACAUUUAUGAAGAUUUUGAAGGUGAAAAUAAUUAUAGAAGAUAUUAAUGAUCAUCAACCAGAGUUUCCAUCAAACAAAAUAAAAAUCAAAUUUGAUGAAACAGAUGGGAAAGGUUCAACAAAAUCAAUACCAAAUGCUGUUGAUAAAGACAUUAGUCUUCCAAAUUCUAAGAUAAUAUAUAAACUCAAAGAUAAAAGCAAAACAUUCUCACUCUCCAUAUUUAAAGAAUCUGAUGGAAUAAAUUUACUUAAAAUAAUUCUAGAAGGGAUGUUAGAUAGAGAAUUAAAAGACACAUAUAUGUUACAGUUGAUCGCUAGAGAUGGGGGUUCUCCACCAAAGGAAGGUAUUCUGGACAUUGAAAUAUCUGUUAUUGAUGUCAAUGAUAACAGACCUACGUUUACACAAAAAUUAUAUAAUACCACCAUCAGUGAUACACAUCAUAUAUCUUCUCCUGUUUUUGUUUUAUCAGCAACAGAUUUAGAUUCUGGUCAAAAUGGAAAUAUUAAUUAUUUUUUACAUAGAAAUACAAAUGAAUAUGAUAAAAAGUAUUUCAAAUUAAAUCAUAAAUCUGGAGAAAUUUUCACCAAUGAUAAUUUCUUCAGAAAUAAAAGAAAUAAAUAUAAAUUAUAUGUUGAAGCUAGGGAUGGCGGAAAUCCUUCAUUAAGCUCCAUGUCAACGUUGAUUAUAAAUGUAAUUAACAAUCAAAAUAAUGUGCCAUCUAUAAAUAUAGAUUUUGUAUCACCUUUAACAAAGACUUCAACUGCUAUUUCAGAAGACAGUCAAAUUGGUAGUUUUAUAGCUUAUGUUAUGGUAACUGACACUGAUAGUGGACCUAAUGGACAAAUUAAAUGUAAUAUUCACCAUAAAAUGUUCCAGCUUUCUAAUAUGGGUUCCAAAGAAUAUAAAAUAUUAGUGAAAGAACCUCUUGACAGAGAAACUAUAGACCAUUAUGUUGUUUCUAUUGUAUGUCAUGACAUGGGAUCACCUCCAUUAAAGACUAAGAAACAGUUCUCUGUCAAAGUAACUGAUGUCAAUGAUGUAGAACCACAUUUUACCAAAGAGACAUUCCAAUUCCUCACCUAUGAAAACCAGAAAGUUGACUUCCCUAUUGGCUUCAUCAAUGCUACAGACCCUGAUCUUGGAGAUGGAGGCCAACUUACAUAUUCUAUCAUCAAUGAUAACAACAAUGAUAACAUUCCUUUCCAACUGACAAAAUAUGGAUUUAUUUCUACAUCACAACCAAUAGAUCGAGAAGUGAAAGACAUUUAUAAUUUACAAGUUUUAGUGAAAGACAAUGGAACACCUUCUCUCAAUGACACUGCCAAUAUUGUUAUUGAGAUUCUAGAUAAAAAUGAUAAUGCUCCGUAUUUUACGUUUCCUAAUAAUGACCCUUACAAUCUCGAUGUCCACUACCAUCCACACAGUAAGAAGGACAUCACAAUUCUGAAAGCAUCUGACAAAGACACUGGAAACAAUGCUUUCCUCACAUAUGGAAUACUGAGAUCCAAUGAUAAAAACCUGUUUACAGUGAACUCACACACUGGUGUGUUAUCUUUCUCUCGCACAGUUUACCAAAAUGAUGCAGGAACAUAUGAGCUGGAGUUUAUAGUGAAAGACGGUGGUACUCCAGUUCAAUCAGCAACAACUGCUAUCAUACUAACACUGUUUGUUAGUAAUGAUACAUCUCCAAUGUUGACUGCUGUCCACUCACAGUCUGGUAACAACCUGAAUAUGACUUGGAUAAUUAUCAUUGUAGCAGCAGCUGUAAUACUAUCUGUGGCUGUUGUAGUGUCAAUAACAAUGUGUGUUUUCAAAUGUAUUAAUCACUUCAAUAAUUCAUCUGCAGAAAAAGAUAAUCCAAAAUUUCUCUCUCAGACUGAGAUGAGACAAAUACUGUAUCAGACUAACAAUCCUGUUGCAAUAACUAGAAAUGCAGAAGACAUAUUUGCCAGAAAUCUUCAAGCAAUAAAUCCCAAAAGUCCUUAUUAUACAGAGACAGAACAACCAAUAAAUGAAUGGAAAUUCUCAACAACACCCAGGAGGCUACCACCUACUCCUCAGAAUUACACAAAAGACAUAACAGAGAGUUCAGGUGAACAAAAAUGUUAUAAUGGUACAUCAAACAACUUAAAUACUACUCUAACUUCUCAAAAAGAACGAAAUCGAGGAUGGAGCGAAGGAGAUAUUACACAACAGACGUCUGGAGUAUCAGAGUACAGUAACUAUCACCCAAACAUACCUCCAACAGCAAAGAGCGAAUAUGAACAAGAAACCUAUCUAGCACCGGUUUAACAUACAUCAUGUUUACUUUUCAUUAAUUACAGAACCACUUAGAAAAUAAUUUAAUAUAAUUUAAUUAUGACAUUAUAUUAAAC